AUGUGGUUAAAAGUUGAUAGAUUUGUAGAUAAGGUGAGACCGUGGUGGUCCUCUUAUCAGUUGUCAGGUACACCUAAUUUUGUUUUAGAUAAUAAACUUAAAGUUUUGAAGAAUGAUUUGAAGAAAUGGAACGAGGAAGCUCUUGGGAACAUUGUUUAUCAGAAAAAGUCUCUUUUUGAGGAGCUUCAUUGCUUUGAUGAAAAGGAGCUCAUUGGGGAUCUUUCAGUUGAUGAGAAGGAAAGGAAAUUUGGCGUUGCUGCUCAGUUGGAAAAAAUUACUCUUAUAGAGGAGAUUUCCUGGCGACAAAAGUCUCGGGAAAUUAAGGAUCAUAUUGUUCAUUAUUAUGAAAAGCUCCUUUCGGAGCAAUAUUCAUGGUGGCCCAAGGUUGAUGAGUUGCAUUUUGAUUCAAUUGACCAGCCUAGUGCAGUUUGGUUGGAGAGAAUGUUUGAAGAAGACGAGGUGCUUAACGUGACAAGAGGAAUGGACAAAGAUAAAGCAUCGGUACCAGAUGGCUUUUCCAUGACAUUUUUUCAGGCUGGUUUGGACAUCAUUAGGGAGGACAUCAUAAAGGUUGGGUCCGUGGAGGUGAAGGAUUUUCGUCCCAUCGGUCUUGUCAAUGGUGUCUACAAGAUCAUCUCGAAUGUGCUUGCUAACCGAUUGAGUGUGGUUAUGGGAAAGAUCAUCAAGAAGUCCCAAAACACAUUUUUCAAAGGAAGGCAAAUACUUGAUUUCGUUCUCAUUGCUAAUGAAUACUUAGAAAGUAGAAUAAGAAGUGGCGUUCUAGGCAUUCUUUGUAAACUGGAUAUGGAGAAAGCUUUUGACCACGUAAAUUGA